CAUUGCGCCUGCGCCGUAUGCAACCCAAUUAACAGCAGUCCAAGUCGAGUGAAUCAGAAUUAUUUGUGAUAACGAAAAGCUAGUAUUCACAUGUGCAAAUUAUUGCAAGUGACCGAAUCAAGAUGUUAAUUAAGGAAUACCGAGUGACUUUGCCCCUAACCGUCGAAGAGUACCAAGUCGCUCAAUUGUUCAGCGUCGCCGAGGCUUCCAAAGACAACACGGGCGGCGGCGAGGGCAUCGAAGUGCUGAAGAAUGAGCCCUUCAACAACUACCCCCUAUUGGGGGGCAAGUACACCUCGGGACAGUACACGUACAAGAUCUACCACUUGGCCAGCAAAGUGCCCGCUUUCAUCCGACUGCUGGCCCCCAGAGGCAGUCUCGAGAUACACGAGGAGGCCUGGAACGCCUACCCCUACUGCCGCACCGUAAUCACGAAUCCCGGAUACAUGAAAGAGAACUUCGUUAUCUGUAUCGAAAGUAUGCACAUUGGGGACACGGGAAAUCAAGAUAACGUCCACGAACUUCCCCCCGACAAGCUCAAGCAGCGCGAGGUGGUGCACAUAGACAUCGCUAAUGACCCGAUAUCCCCCAGCGACUACAAAGAAAAAGAAGAUCCGACGAAAUUCAAAUCGGAGAAGACCGGUCGGGGGCCUCUCGUCGGCCCCAACUGGAAAAACAACGUCCAACCGGUUAUGACAUGCUAUAAAUUGGUAACCGUCGAAUUCAAAUGGUUCGGUUUGCAAAAUCGCGUAGAAAGUUUUAUUCAAAAGUCGGAACGACGACUGUUUACCAACUUCCAUAGGCAAGUUUUUUGUUGGAUGGAUUUAUGGUAUGGUUUGACCAUGGCGGAUAUUCGAGCCAUUGAAGAAAGGACGCAGCAAGAACUCGAAGCGUUACGUCAAAAGGGCGAGGUGCGAGGGAUGAAAGCAGAAACGGACUAAAUAAAUUUUUGCAGUUGUAGUGAAUUUAAUUUGAUUUAAACGAACUGCCCGCAACGGCACGUAGUAAAUUAAUUUUUGUUGUUUUAUUAAUCGAUUAAGUAUAGAAAUGCAUUUAAUAUUGUGAUUUUUGGUAUUUUGUGGAAGAUAGAGUUACCAAGGGUUUUUUGUUCUUAUCUAGUGAAUCGGUGCAGUUCGUUCUUGUUUUAAACCGGUGAAAAUAAUGAAAGCUUUCGAAAUUUUAUAUUUUAUUUAUUUAUUUUCAUUAUUUUCCAAUAAACUCAUUCCUUUUUACGCCGUUUUGAUUUUCUCUUCGGAAACGACGAAAUCUGUUGCAAUAUUCAGAAAGCCAUUUUGACGGGUUUUUCUCUCAUACUGUAUAAAUGUUAUCGAGUAGUUGUUAAAAUUAUUGUUAGAAUUUGGGAUCAUGUUGACAAUAUAUCUAUCUUGUAUAAAAUGUCGUAGUUAGUACCGGGCGUCUCGGAUGAAUUUUUCUAUGGCAAAUGGGGCCCCCGGUUCGGUCAAAAUGGUUUCUAGCGAAAAAGUCAAUUAUGAUUGUUUAGUCCGGUCCUAACGAGGCGCAACAACUACUUAAUUUCGACGUAGUAUUAAUAGUUAGGUUUUUUAACGCUGAUUUCCUUCUGGCUGCAGUUCCACAUCCAUGUUGGCAUUUUAAAUGUGUACGUGUAAAAUUCAUUUAAAUUCUAGUUUCUAGUUCAAGUAUGUAUGUAAUACUGUGUAAAAAGUUGUACACAAAACGUUAAUAAAAUUAGAAGUAACCAUG